AUGUUAGACGUAGUUAUUCAUCCAUUUGGUGAAGUAGAUCCAGAGUUAACCGAAUUUAUACGAUCGAAACUUGAAACACGGUUUAAUGUUAAUGUCAUUAUUGGAGAAAAUCACAAAACAUUACCAGUUGAAAUCAACAAAGAGCGAAAACAAUAUCCCUCAACUCCCAUUUUGCGAUUUCUUGAAAAUUUGAGUACAACAAAAAAACAAUCUGUUGCACGUCUUGGAAUUGUCACUGUUGAUUUAUAUGUGUCGCAUUUAAAUUUUGUUUUUGGCGAAGCGUCUGGUAGUACACAUGUAGCCGUUUUCUCUACAAAUCGUUUAAAUCCAACACGUUGGAAUGAAAAAUUUGAUAAACAAAAAUUUUUUGAACGUUCAUUAGUUGAAGCUGUUCACGAACUCGGACACGCAUUUGGAUUGAAACAUUGCGAUAAAACGGAUUGUGUCAUGUGGUUUUCUAAUACUCUUGAAGAAACAGACAGAAAAGGAAUUUUGAAUGCGUUUCGUGCUUUGAAAACGGAUGAAAAUGAGAAUGUAAACGAACCAGUAUUGAAAUCAUUUGAUCUGAAAGGUGCUGCUGAUUAUAUGAAAAAUUGUGAAAAUAUUAUCGUUAUGUCGGGCGCAGGCAUUUCUACAUCAGCUGGUAUUCCUGAUUUUCGAAGUCCUGAUACGGGUUUAUAUUCACAACUAGAAAAAUACAAUUUACCAUUUCCUGAAGCCGUUUUUCAUCUAGAAUUUUUCAAAAAAAAUCCUAAACCAUUUUUUCUUCUUGCUAAAGAACUUUAUCCAGAAAAUUUCAAGCCCACACCAGCUCAUUAUUUUAUUCGUUUAUUAAACGAAAAGAAAAAAUUACUCCGUGUGUUUACUCAGAAUAUCGAUUCGUUGGAACGUGUUGCUGAAAUACCAGCAGAUAAAAUUGUUGAAGCACAUGGAACAUUUUUCACCUCACAUUGUAUUGAUUGUAAAGAAGAAUAUUCGUUACAGCACGUCAAAGACAUAAUAUUCAAAGAUGAAAUUCCAACCUGUUUGUGUGGCGGCAUUAUCAAACCGGAUAUUAUUUUUUUUGGUGAAAGACUUCCAGACAAGUUUCAUACGUUACGAAUGAAAGAUUUUCCGAAAGCCGAUUUUCUGAUUAUUAUUGGUACAUCAUUGAUGGUGGCACCAUUCAGUCAUCUUAUCUCAAAUCUCUACGCCGAUGAUUAUGUUCCGUUGUAUUUAAUAUCAUUUAGUGUGAACAGAAAUUGUCCUCGAUUGUUGAUAAAUAUGGAACCAGUGGGUAUUAAAUCAGCAAACAUUUUUUCAUCAGAACCAUUAAUGUUUAAUUCAGAUAGAAAUCGUCGUGAUGUCUUCUAUCAAGGAUCAUGUGACGAUGGCGUAUUUGAAUUAGCAAAACUGUUGGAUUGGGAGGAUGAUUUUAAAAAAUUGCUAGAAUCUGUUGGUUCAUCAGCAGCUCAAAAGAAAGUCGCUACAACGUCGAAACUGGCUGAAGAAGACACGAUAACUCCAGCUGUUGCUACUGCUUCUGCAAUCUCAAAAAAGUUGUCUAAAUCUCAUACUGGAUCGGAAAAACAAAAAGAUCGAUCUAUAUCACCUAAGAAAAACUCACCAAAUAGAAACCGUAAUUCUCCAAACGGCAGUCAAUUGAAUGAAGCAAUUAAAAAUGCUGAUGAAUUAGCAAAAGAAAUGGCAGAAGUAGUAUUAGAAGAUGGUCAAUUAAAUGAUGACAAAAAAAAGCAGUAA